AUGGGAAUGGACGUAGCGGACAAGUCAUAUUUCUGUGAAUAUUGUAAAAAGACAUUUAGUUACAUUUCAUCUUGGAAAUUACAUUUGAGGGCACAUACAAAAGAAAAACCCUAUUCUUGUGAAGUUUGUAAAAAGGCAUUUUCUCAGAGUGGACAUUUCAAAAUCCAUUUGAGGACACAUACAAAAGAAAAACCAUAUUCUUGUGAAAUUUGUAAAAAAUCUUUUUCUGUGAGUGGAACUUUGAAAGUUCAUUUGAGGACACAUACCAAAGAAAAACCAUAUUCUUGUGAAAUUUGUAAAAAGUCAUUUUCUAAGAGUGGAAGUUUAAAAGAUCAUUUGAGGACACAUACAAAAGAAAAACCAUAUUCUUGUGAAAUUUGUAAAAAGUCUUUUUCUAAGAGUGGACAUUUCAAAGUUCAUUUGAGGACACAUACGAAAGAAAAGCCAUAUUCUUGUGAAAUUUGUAAAAAGGCAUUUUCUCAAAGUGGACAUUUCAAAAUCCAUUUGAGGACACAUACAAAAGAAAAACCAUAUUCUUGUGAAAUUUGUAAAAAGUCAUUUUCUAAGAGUGGAAGUUUAAAAGAUCAUUUGAGGACACAUACAAAAGAAAAACCAUAUUCUUGUGAAAUUUGUAAAAAAUCUUUUUCUGUGAGUGGAAAUUUGAAAGUUCAUUUGAGGACACAUACCAAAGAAAAACCAUAUUCUUGUGAAAUUUGUAAAAAGUCAUUUUCUAAGAUUCAUAUGAGGACACAUACGAAAGAAAAACCAUAUUCUUGUGAAAUUUGUAAAAAGUCUUUUUCUGUUAGUGGAAAUUUGAAAAUUCAUUUGAGGACACAUGCAAAAGAAAAGCCAUAUUCUUGUGAAAUUUGUAAAAAGGCAUUUUCUCAAAGUGGACAUUUCAAAAUCCAUUUGAGGACACAUACAAAAGAAAAACCAUAUUCUUGUGAAAUUUGUAAAAAGUCAUUUUCUAAGAGUGGAAGUUUAAAAGAUCAUUUGAGGACACAUACAAAAGAAAAACCAUAUUCUUGUGAAAUUUGUAAAAAGUCAUUUUCUAAGAGUGGAAGUUUAAAAGAUCAUUUGAGGACACAUACAAAAGAAAAACCAUAUUCUUGUGAAAUUUGUAAAAAGUCUUUUUCUAAGAGUGGAAGUUUAAAAGAUCAUUUGAGGACACAUACAAAAGAGAAACCAUAUUCUUGUGAAAUUUGUAAAAAGUCUUUUUCUGUUAGUGGAAAUUUGAAAAUUCAUUUGAGGACACAUGCAAAAGAAAAGCCAUAUUCUUGUGAAAUUUGUAAAAAGGCAUUUUCUCAAAGUGGACAUUUCAAAAUCCAUUUGAGGACACAUACAAAAGAAAAACCAUAUUCUUGUGAAAUUUGUAAAAAGUCAUUUUCUAAGAGUGGAAGUUUAAAAGAUCAUUUGAGGACACAUACAAAAGAAAAACCAUAUUCUUGUGAAAUUUGUAAAAAAUCUUUUUCUGUGAGUGGAAAUUUGAAAGUUCAUUUGAGGACACAUACCAAAGAAAAACCAUAUUCUUGUGAAAUUUGUAAAAAGUCAUUUUCUAAGAUGGAACUUUGA